AAGGAUCGAAAAAGCGGGGUGAAAGAAAAGUAGGUAUAAGGGAGGAGCUGCUCAACAUUUUCUACUGUAUACCGGAACUGUUGUGCUGUUAGCGUUGCGAUCCGGGAGCUGCUGCACCACCUCAUCUUCGAGAAGGAAACCAGUGCUCACCUGCUGCUUCUCAAGGAUUAGAUGCGUACGAGGCUGCUGACCCACUGGGCUUAGCGUCCUGGGGCGCGGUUGCCUAUAAAACAGUCAGCCCGCAUUCGUUCAGCCUGAUGCACACCUCUGCGAUAACACCUCAAGUUACGAUUCCGCUCACGUCGUCGAACCAUGUCAGAAACAGAUGAAGAACCGUGGAUCAUUGACGCCAGCCGCGAGACAUGGAGCGACUCUGAAGGUGUGCCUCAGCACGAUCGGAUAGAGGGGCUGUGCGAUCAGUGCUCGAAAUGCCCCUGGGAUGAUGUCUUGAAGAUGUCUCUGUGCAAGAGUCUCCGGUACACCGGCAUCCCGAGGUCGACAUCGACUUGUCCUAUGUGUCGACUCUUUAGGGCGCUUCUUCUUCAAAGAGGGGGCUGGACCAUCGCUUCGAGUCGUAUAUCAGAUUUACAGAAGCUAGGCUUCGAAAGCUUCCAGACAGACAGUGUUUGCUGUCUGGGUGCCAGUUUUCUUCGGGAUUAUAAUCUCUUUCAGGAGGCGACACUCCUCAUCUCCCAGCUUGACCAUGGACGGGUAGUGUCUCUGCUGCAAAACUUGUAUCCCGAGAAGGCACGCCUCAAGUCCGCCAUAGCAUGGAUAACGCAGUGUGAAUUGGAACAUAGCGCAAGCUGCCUGCUACAAGACCCACCACGGCUCCAGAACCUGCGCGUUAUUGACUGCAAGGAGAGAAGAGUUGUUGCUGCGCCUCCUAAGUGCAAAUUUGUUGCUUUGUCAUACGUCUGGGGUGAUUCUACGACUUCAAACGCCGAACCUGACGGUAGUCUUCCACAAUGGCACAUUUUACCAAGGACAAUUCAACAGUGCGUACAAGUGACAUGUGACCUUGGUUACAGAUUUCUCUGGGUCGAUCGUUAUUGCAUUCGGCAGGACAAUCCAGAGGACCAAAUAACACAAAUCAACCAAAUGGGCGACAUCUAUGCUGCCGCACACUUAACAAUAAUCGCAGCUGCAGGCCAGGAUCCGUCUUAUGGGCUGCCCGGAAUCUCGCCCACUUUUCGGCAAUUUCCAGAGCACGAAAAGGUAGGAUCUACCUGGAUAUACCUUCUCCCAAGAGUUCGAGGCCUUGAAGACGCAUUGCAUCCCAGCGAAUCUGAAUGGGUCACUCGGGCUUGGACGUUUCAGGAGGGAUUCUUCACUCGACGGCGGCUAAUAUUCACCGAUCGCCAGAUGAUCUUUGUUUGUAACACGCAUACCUGCUAUGAAGCUCGAACAGAUCCGAUGGUCUACGAAGACGACAGAUGGUUGCAAAGGUGCAUACCGCGAAUUCACACGCCUGACUCAGACCUUGAUAGCCUACCUAUGUCACGAGCCCAGAGCUAUCUUUGGGGGUACAGCGGCCGCAUUCUAAAGUUUGACGACGAUGCGUUAAACGCAAUCGGUGGAGCAUUAAACACACUCAGUAGAGAGCAUCUUUAUCAUAUCUGGGGUGUUCCAUUUCACUAUGGUGCAUCGGACGAUACUCCCAAGCCGAAUACUUCCAGUUGUGGUUCGCGGGGAGAGAUUUCACUGUCAUGGUACAGUUACUUUUCCCCAUACCGAGAUCCCGACGUGAGUUACCGGCGUUGGCAGUUUCCAAGCUGGUCGUCAUUGGGUUGGAAAUUCCAAGUAGGCUUUGAGAAUCCAGUUGACCUUUGUGAUGUUUCCAUGCAAACAGAUCAAGGCCAGAUUAGUUUGCAGGAUCUUGUACCUGAGUCUGGUAUCAUCUCAUCAGAUUGCUCUCGGCGACUACGGCUCGAUCUUGCUACUGCAGAUUUCCGUGUAAUCAGACCAAUAGAGAACAGGUAUGAUCAACCGGAGUAUCAGUGUAGGGUUGCUCUGUGUUAUCAGAACAGCACUUACGUGUACUUUGACACCAUGUGGGAUAUCAGUCCUAAUCGCUUACCAAACACAUCAACAAUCAAGGGCGUGCUCAUGCCGUUGUCGAGACAGAGAAAGUCAAAAUACCUUCCUGGGUCUGCCUGUGUGUUGCUACUGCAGCCACAUGGCCAGUACUACGAACGGGUAGGCAUUGCCUGGCUCAUGCUACGCGACAGAUACACUUCUCACCUUGGGCGUGAAAAAUACGAGUACGAGGGCCACGUCUGUAAAUUCAUGAAUGACCCAGACAUCGAACAAACGGACUGGUGGAAGAAGCAUUCCACCAAAGAAACCAUUGUUCUGGUAUAAUGAUCUCAACACAGAUAGAUCUAUUAUAGAACCGAAGAUAUGGAAGAAUACAUGUAUUUCAGCCAGCACUGGUCGCGACCGAAGGCUACGUUGAUUCGGUGAUUUCACUGCAUGUAAAGCUUGUCAUGCUUGACUGGUUCAAGUGGCCCCCACUUCG